AUGAAGGAGAGUCGUCUUCUUCGAAUGCGGGAGCACGAGCACGAGUACAACAAGCACGACUCGGAGUCGGAGGGUCCGAUCGCCAACGUGUGGUUGGAGGAUUUGGUGGUCAGGCGGGUUCGGGCGUUGCAUUGGAGGGAGGAUCUUAUUGCUGAUAACCCUGAUUUUGGGGUUUAUGGACGGGGCCAUUGGCCGGAUGUUUAG